AUGAGAAGUCUAUGGUUGCUCUACGGACAAAAAUAGCGUUACAGCAAACGUUGAAAAGUGCCAAAUAGUGCAUUGUUCCAUUUUAGUGGUUUUGGAGUCGAAUCGGAGAUGCUUAAAUUUGUCGAAAGUUAACCUGAUGCUGUGUGUUUCUUGAUAAUCACAUUAUUUGAACAACAGUUAUCAUGGGAGUGCAUGGACUGUGGAGGCUGCUGGAGAGUACAGGGAAGCCCGUCAACCCUGAGACUCUGGAGGGAAAGAUCCUUGCUGUUGACAUCAGUAUAUGGCUGAACCAGGCAGUGAAAGGGGUGAGGGACCGUGAAGGUAACAGUGUGCAGAACGCCCACCUUCUCACUCUCUUCCACCGCGUCUGUAAGCUGCUCUUCUUCCGCAUCAGGCCAGUCUUUGUUUUUGAUGGGGACGCACCGCUGUUGAAGAAACAGACUCUGGCGCUGAGGAGGCAAAGGAAAGAUGAGUUGAGCCGAGAGUCCAAACAGACAAAUGAAAAGCUCCUCAAGACGUUCCUGAAGAGACAAGCUAUCAAAGCUGCACUUGGAGACACCAGUAAGGAUCCUCUACCCAGCCUCUCCACUGUGAGGAGAGAUGAAGUGGACGACAUGUACGUUCUACCAGCCCUGCCAGCUGCAGAGGAGAAGGACAAAAGCAGUUCAGAGGAGGAAGAGGAGGAGGAGGAGAGAGAGUUGGAGGAAACAGAUGAGGGAUAUCAAAUGUAUCAGGGAGAAUUAUAUGAAAACCCAAACUCAAUGGACAUCAACUCAGAAGAGUUUGCCAGCCUUCCACUUGAAAUGAAACAUGAGAUACUCAAAGACAUGAAAGAGUUUUCCAAAAGGCGUCGGACCAUGUACCAGAAACCCCCAGAGCGCUCAGGAGACUUCUCACAGUACCAGUUGGCCGGCCUGCUGCAGAGGAACCAUCUGAACCAGCGUCUGCGGGGUGUGGAGAGCGAGAUGUGCCAGCUGAGUGCCGGCAGCGCUCCACAGCUCUACCAACAGGAUGGUGACCAGCAGAGUCACAGCAUCGAGUCACACCGCCUGGUUUCAGAAGACAAUUCCCACUAUAUACUCAUUAAAGGCUCUAAAAAGAUCAAAACCGCCCCUGAGAGCCGCCCUGCAGCUGCAGCCUGGGCUGGCAGUGCCUUGACAGGCUCUAAAGGACGAGCAGUGGACAGACCUGAGCCCCUGUGGCGUCCUGCCGCAGAGGAAGGGGCCGACCGGUGGGGUCAUGCCUCAGAAGACUCCAAACCUUCUGUCUCCAAACCUUUUUUUGGAGACACAUCCCCACCCUCACCUCGUACACUCAAGGCGAUCCAAGGUGCAAUGGACGACAGCUCAGAUGAGGACAAGGUGGACCAAGAUAGGGGGCAAGGUGGUGUGUCCCCACGGACCCUGCUGGCAAUCCAACAAGCUCUCACUGAGGAGGAACAUGGCCAUGCUGGACACGGGACUCUAAUCUACAGCUCGGCCACCAAACUGCAGGUUAACAUUCCUCCUCCUGCACCUCAAGUGGUCAUCAGCAGCUCAGAGGAAGAGGCAGAACCAGACACUUUGCCCAAUACAAAAUCUGAUUUUAAGGGAAACCCAACAGGCCAAAGUAUACAUGUGAAAGACAUUUUACUUAGUAGUAGUUCUGAAGAUGAGACUGAUGCCGUAAUUGGUAAAAUAAAUGAGGCUGUUCACUUUGCAGCACUGCAAAAACCUCACAAAACAGGGCUGGGGAUGGAAAGGGUGACACAGAAAGGAAAGUUGGCAGAGGAUAUGAAGAUUGGCAGUAGAGGACAAGAUGAACUGGAGAUAAGAGAAUCAGAGGACGGGUUGAUGUCAAAGCCAGAGGGUGCUGCUGCUUCCAGACAAAACACAUUAUUGAACAAUGUCUCUGCUGCAGUGUGUGUGAAACCUCUCAAUGCAGAGAAGGAGGUGCAUCCUGUGCUGUUAAAGCAGGAGAGUAAUAAGGUGAUUAAAGCUCUACAGGAGAGGAAUGGGGAUGAUAUGAAGCUGCAGCGCAGUGAGGAGAGCGACUCAGAAGGAAGUUUCAUCGAGGUAUCGGAUGAAGAAUUGAAAGAAGAGGAAUCUGAUGAUUCACUUGUAAUUACUGGAGACGAAGGACCUCCGGAAGAGGUCAAUAAGGACGGGACCAAACAAGAAGAAGAGUCCAAUAAAGGUUUGACAGAGGUUCCAGCUGCUGCUUUACAGGUAGAGGAUGAAGAAGAGAAGAAGAGACAAACUGAAGAGGAAGAGUUAGAGGAGGGCACAGAGACAGAAUCCAGCUCAACUCCAGCGAUCAAUGAAUGGGAACACUUUGAUGUGGACGAGCUGCAGGCUCUGGAGAGCUCUCUGCAGGUGGAGCAGAGCAGCCUGAGGGAGCUGAAACAGCAGCAGGAGAGGAUGGCCAACACAGUCACCGGACAAAUGCAGCUAGAGAGCCAGGAGCUGCUGCGACUGUUUGGCGUGCCAUACAUGGUGGCUCCGAUGGAGGCCGAGGCUCAGUGUGCAGCACUGGACCGCGCUGACCACACAAACGGGACCAUCACAGACGAUUCUGAUGUGUGGCUGUUUGGAGGGAGACAUGUGUACAGGAACUUCUUCAACCAGGAUAAAUAUGUUGAACAUUUCCAGUACAGUGACCUUCAGAAUCAACUGGGUCUGGACAGGACUAAACUGAUAAACCUAGCCUACCUGCUGGGCAGCGACUACACCGAGGGUCUGCCCGGGGUCGGGUAUGUGACAGGCAUGGAGAUACUGAAUGAGUUCACAGGGCCGGGCUUGGAACCUCUCACACAGUUAAGGGAAUGGUGGUCAGAGGCCCAGCAGAACAAGCGUCUGGCUUCUGAUCCUCGGGACACAAAGGUGAAGAAGAAAUUGAGAACCUUGAAACUCCAUCCUGGGUUUCCAAACCCUGCGGUGGCUCAGGCCUACCUGCAACCUGCUGUGGAGCAGUCCGACAGCUUCUUCAGCUGGGGACGUCCACAACUCGACAUGAUCAAAGAAUUUUGUCUGAGUCGUUUUGGCUGGAGCAGUCGGAGGACAGAGGAGACUCUUCAGCCUGUGAUAAAGCAGCUAAACACCCAGCAGACUCAGCUGCGGAUCGACACAUUCUUCCGCUUGGAGCAACAGGAGAAGCAGGCGAUCCGCAGCCAGCGGCUCCGCAGAGCUGUCACCUGCAUGAAGAGAAAGGAGAGGGAAGGAGGAGAGGAGGGAGAGGACAGUGAGGAGGACCUGUCACCCCCUUCAAAAUCUAAGAAAGGGAAGGCACCAUGCAAGAGUCCGAAAAAAAGAGGAGAAGGACAGAGAGAAGUCGAGAUGUCUGUGUCCGGAGGAGGGUUUCUGGGGUCGGAGGCGAUUGUUAAAUCUCCUCCUCCAUCUCUGAAGGAUGUGAGUUGCACCAGCCAGGAGUCCCUGUCAGUGAAGGCCAUCCCUCAGUCUUCUAACAUUUUACCUCAGAGAGCUAGUGGCAGCAGCUCUGGGGAGGACAGCGAUGGUGGUGGCGGUGAAGUUGCUAUGGUUACAGCCCGAUCUGUGUUCGAUGGCGGCCGACGAGGGCGUGGAGCAAAAAGUACAAGAGGGAGAGGAAGCACGAGAGGAAAGAGAAGGGGAAAUAAAUCGUGAGGGGGGAAACUGAACUUCAAAAAGCAAACGUGAAUAUAUCAUUCAUUCAAAAUGAUGUCUGCAAAAUUAGAUAUUUAUAACGGUAAUUAUUGAAUCAUGAACAGUGAUGAAUUGACCUUCCUCUGUAUUAAAUAAUCCAACUGUUGAUGUGACUGAAAAUAGGUUACCUGUUUAGAAGUAUAUCUGUCGAGAAAUGAGAAUAUUUUUGCAUUAAAUCUUUGAGUUAAAGGUUUCUGUACGUCAGUUUGGCUCAGAAUUCAGCCACUUGUCGUGCCAAUAUAUGACUGAGACAGGUGCAAGUCUUCACAUAGCUUAAAUUACCUUCUGGCGGUAUUUCAGUCGCCUUCUGCUUCUGCAUGUACUCUCCCCCUUUCUCCCUCUUCCUCACACACAAACAAUGAGGCUUUUGAACAGGAAUUAAAAUCUGAAUAAAUGGCUUAAGUUUUUCAUUAAUUGCACCAA